AUGCCUGGCUCUGCAGGUAUGGCGGCGGGAUGUGUGGCCGAAUUCAAAGCGUGUGUCGCGCAACUGUACACUUCCAAUUGCACCGAAUUGAAUGAUAACUCACCUGAUUUGGUCCCUCUAUUCAAGGCCAUCGAGAAGGUAUUUGAACAUGGGCUUAAGGAAUUUCCUUCACUAUUUGGUGAAUCCAAACAAUAUUGCUGGGAUGUUUUUGAAAAGCUUACAAAGUACAACAAGGAGUUUGACUUUGAUAUCCCAUAUUCAUUGUCGGCGGCACUUGACAAGGCCAACGAAUGUAAGAGAGUUAGAACGGCUAUUGGCAAAGGGCGGUUAUUCUUGCGGAUUUUAGCAAAAAAUGGCAGCCUCGGGGACUUGGUUCUUCUACUUAAGGAAAACAAACCCUUUUUGCUCCAAUUUUAUGAACGCUCAAAAGCUGUGCUAACAAAUGACGUUCAGUGUCAAAUAUUUUACUCUUUUGUUGCCGACUUCACGCGGAUAAAAUUUGACCUGAAUAUAGAUGGUGCUGAUUUCCUCGACGUUUCUUGGGAAAUACCAAUGUAUAUGACAAAGGAUUUUGUACCAUGUAGCCAUCUUGGGAUUCGAGUUCGUUUCUUGGACUCCUACUAUGUAGUUACUGAGCUUGAGAAGGAGUUUUAUGAAAACGAAGGAGGAUUUUUUGAACCUGGCGAUGUAAUUACUAGCUUGGCAGGAAAUGUUCUUCGGGGCAAGGUUGUUGACCUUCAAAAGAUUUUUGCCCGUGAAUGUCGAACGUUGCUGCGUUUUGAGUUGGCAAAGGCUAGAACUUCAGACGGAACUUAUUUUAAACCGAUUUUAAACAUCCUGAAAAAACGAGGAUACGAAAACAUAUUGAAUUUGGACGAAAGCUCUCAUACAAACGCCAAGCUCCCGACAUGGCCUGAAACCGAGUCUCUUGACCUUUCGACGUGCUACGCAAUUCUGGGGGAAGGUGUGGUCGAUGGUGCUGAAGAAGCAUCUCCGUCAGCUAGCAAAAUCAUCCACUCAGUGCGCUACGUUGGAAGCAUUGAUGUAGGUUCUCGUGGUGACAUGAGCCACAUCCCUGAGGCCAUCGACAUCGUGCUUGCUAAAAAUCCCUCUCCCUCGCAUUAUAUGCCGGUCCGUGUGCGACUGGGUGAACUCGAAGUAUCCACAUGGCCAGUAAUAUGGAACGCUAAUGAGAAUGACAUUCCACUUAACCCAUUCCUAAAACACGCCUAUCCCAGCAUCUCAGCUGUGGGACACAGGAAACAAGCUGCGCGCUACUUUGGUUACAUCGCCGGCAACAGUUCUUGUGCAGUGGCCACUACUUUCACCGCAUACGUCUUCCUCUGUGUCAACAAGGCCGAGGCUUCCAGAAUUGUCAGAGGGAUCUCUAACGGAUUUAAGAGAACUAACUGGGCCAUGUGA